AUGUUUACAGAGGGUGGAGGGGGAGGAGGUCUCUUUAACUCGACCUCUACCUAUUCCUCUUCAUGCUCUCCUCCAUCGUCACUAAAUACAAGUUUUAGUGAACAAUUUGAAUCACAACUACAUAGUAACCAAUUACUCCAACAACAACAACAGCAACAACAAAAUGGUGGUUAUGAUCCAUCUUCACCAAAGACACCAAGUCUAUAUAGACCGGUUAAAAAGACGACGACAAGUAGUAGAGCACCUAAAACCACCACCUUUUCAAACAUUGAUGAGAUCAUUCAUACACCAUUUACAAACGAUCGAAAGAUGAUGUUUCACAGUCCCGAGACUAGUCAUUCUUCAUCGAUCCCCAUGUCUGCAUCGAGACCAACACCCGAUCAAGAGGUGUUUGAUGUGGCAUUGUUUAGCGACAAGAAAAAGAAAAACGUCAUGAACCAAACACCUCGAUGUCCCUCUCCACCACUCAAAUCAACACCGGCCAGUCGCGUCAUUUCAUUCAACUCCAACACUCCAUUUGUUCACCAUCUCUCUACAACAUCACCACUUGUAGUCUCCUCUACAACACCCAACAAUCCCCUAUUCUCUUCAUCUUCUUCCUACUCUUCCUCUACCAUGAUGGACUUGUCGAGUGACAAUCCCGCCACCACAAAGAGUAGUAAUAAUCUUUUCAGUAGUUUUAGUAGCACCACCUCUAAUUCAUCAGUCAAUGCAGACUCGACAGUCUUUGAUCGAAAUUUCAAGAUACUCAAAAAACUUGGUAGUGGAUCAUUCUCUGAUGUAUUUCAAGUUAAAAGUAGAAAUGAUUCAAAAAUGUAUGCGAUUAAACAAGCAAGACAUCCUUUUAGAGGUUAUCAAGAAAGGGAUAGAGCAAUUCAAGAGAUUAAAAAUGCAACAUCAUUAAGUAGUCAUGAAAAUAUAGUACAAUAUUUUAAUGCAUGGGAACAAACUGGUAUUUUAUUUAUACAAACAGAAUUAUGCGAAAAGGGAACAUUGAAAGAGUUUCUAGACAUUAAUAAUGGUCAAUUACCAGAGGAAGUGAUUUGGAAUCUUUUAUUGGAUUGUUGUUUGGCCGUACAACAUAUACACAGUCACAACAUGUUACAUCUUGAUAUUAAACCAGAAAACCUUUUCAUUUCAUCAAAUGGUCGUCUCAAAGUUGGAGAUUUUGGAAUGGCAUUAAAAUGUGAAAGUAACAAUAAUAAUAAUAAUAGCAAUGAAGAAGAAACUACCAAUAAUAUCAAUGAUAGUGUUGAUACAUCACCAACAAACAUUGAUGAAAAUGAAACAACACCAAAACAAAACAAGAAAUCAGAUUCAAAUAAUCUUAGUAUUGAUGAGGAUGAUUUGUACUAUGACUUUAUCGAAGGUGACAGCAGAUAUUUAGCAAUCGAAUUCUUAAAUGACAAAAAAUUGAUAGGAAUUCACUCUGACGUUUUCUCGAUUGGUGUAUCGUUUUUUGAAAUUGUUACUGGCAAAGAAAUGCCAACCAAUGGACCACUAUGGGAACAACUUCGUAGUGAUGGUGCUUUGGAAUUCCUCGAACCAAACAAGUACUCUGAAGAACUUUACUCUUGUAUAUUAUCAAUGAUGAAAUCAAAUCAUAAUCAAAGAAUAUCUUUAAUUGAAAUAUUUCAAAUACCAAAAAUCGUUAAUAUUUUAAUUCAAAGAAAAAUUAAUCCAAAUUAUAAUGUAUUAGCAGAAUUUAUUCCAAAAACACCAAUACAUCCUUUAGAUAGACUGAUUAGUCAUGAAGAAGCAAAUAAUAGUGGCAAUUCACCUUUAUCUACGAUGUUAUUAUCGGCAAGUCAAUCGUUUUUAAUCCCAUUUUCCCUUAGAUCAAGUAGUAAUGAUUUAAAUAUAACAAAUCAUAGUAGUAGCAACAGUAGUAAUAAUCUCUUAAAUAAUAGUCAAAAUAAUAUUUUCAACAAUAAUCCAGAAUUUCAAUUUAAAAGCAACAACAAUAGCAACAGUAAUAAUAAUAAUAAUAAUAAUAGUAGUAAUAAUACUAACGGUGGUGGAAGUGGAUUUUACCUCCGUCCUCGUAAUAGUAUUAGUAAAACAACAACAAAUAAUAAUAACAUUCAACAAAACACUAGUAAUAAUUAUGACUCUGAUAACGAAGGAAGUGGAUUCUAUCAAUCAAAGUCUAAUCAUUCAAGUAGUGAAAACAUCAACAAAAAAUUAAACUUUUCAGAUCUCCAAGAUUAUGAUAUACAAGAUGUUGAUCAAGAUGAGGAAGAAGAAGAAGAAUGUGAACCAACUCCCAAAAAACUAAUAUCACCAAGGCCAAUGAUGGCAACAACAAUGGCUCCUCCUCCAUCUGUAACCAAACAACCAAUCAAUAGAAACCUUAAACCUCUUGCAUUCCCUGAUUUAAGUAGCAGCUUUGGAGGUGUAGGUAAUGGAAUUGGUAUGAAUGGAAACAGUAGUACUAGUGGUCAAAAACAUAAUAUUCUCAGAAGAAGUAUUGAUCCUUCUCUACAAGAAGAUUUAUCAUCUCCAAGAAAUCUUUUAAGUCUAUUUAAUGAAACAAAAAUAAAUAAGACUAAAAAAGAAGAAAAUAAAUGA